AUGUCUGAUGAAGGGCAUUUGCAUCAGACAGAGAGCGCCAUCUUCUAUCAGAAAGAUGACAUAAUCCAUAGCGUUCUUCACGAAGAAGAUCUAUACCAGAUCUUAGGCGCUCCCAGAUCUGCUUCUCCAGCAGAAUUGCGACGAUGCUACCUCGAGCGGUCGAAAAUAUGUCACCCCGACAAACCACCUUUCCACGAAUUGUCAACGAGUGCUUUCCAGCGACUCGGAUUCGCUUUUGACAUUCUCAAAUCUCCGAGCGCCAGACGGACGUACGAUCGAGCAUCGAAGCCCACCUCCUCCCAAUUACCAGACAAAACAACCUUCCUUGGCGGCGAACAUACCUUUCGCAGUGCUGUCGAAGCUAUACUCCAAGAGUUCAUGACCGGCGAUUUCGUCAUUGUCAAGAGAUGGUUAGAAUCACUACACGUCCAAUAUCCGAACCUUGUUAGCGAAGAGGUUGUCAUCAAUGUCGAGAAAAGCUUUAUACGUAUACGAGAGUUAGUCUUGACGACAAGGACGUAUGCACUGUUGAUAUACAUCGAAUUGGGCCGGAUCAAUCGUGUUCAGAAGCGAUUGAUGGGCCUAGGAUACUUUGAUGUUGUUGGACGAGCAAGACUCACUAUUCACUUAGUGAGAGUCACAUUGGCGGUUCCUAUGCGAGUUGACCGGGCAUUGAAGCAACGAGAAGAAAAGGCUUGGAGAGCAAAAGUUGCUGGAUUACAAGCAAGAGGCUUGACCCCAACAGAAACAAUGCGAAGAGCAGGGAUCUUGAAUGACCAGAUCAGCAAAGUCCUUCAAUUCAUUGUCGGCACCGCUGGCAAAGACGAGAGCGCUGAUGAAGCUUGGAGUGCAAGCAUGGGAAAAGUCUCAUGA